ACUUAGGGCAUCUCCGUAUAAAAGCGCCUCCCAGAUCCCACCAUCAAACGCCCUAACCCUAGCUUCUUCGAUUUCCUCCCCCUAAAAUCCGCGGAGGCUCGCAGGCGGCGGCAAUCAUGGAGACGGUGGCUAGGACGGUGAAGGACGUGUCGCCUCACGAUUUCGUGAAGGCUUACGCCGCUCACCUCAAGAGAUCCGGCAAGAUGGAGCUUCCUCACUGGACAGAUAUUGUGAAGACUGGGAGGUUUAAGGAACUUGCUCCUUAUGACCCUGAUUGGUACUAUAUUAGAGCUGCCUCAAUGGCAAGGAAGAUCUACCUGAGGCAGGGGAUUGGAGUAGGUGGCUUUCAGAAGAUUUACGGUGGUCGCAAAAGGAAUGGAAGUCGUCCACCACAUUUCUGCAAGAGUAGCGGUGCUGUGGCUCGCCACAUCCUUCAACAACUGCAAGCAAUGAAUAUCGUUGAUGUUGAGCCUACUGGUGGAAGGAAGAUUACAUCCCAGGGAAGGCGUGAUCUUGAUCAAGUUGCUGGGCGAAUUACUGUUGAAGUUUGAGUGUGGCUCAGACAUGAUGGUUGUCUGUUAAUUGUGAAACUUCUCUAGUAGUUACUGUUUUGCAAUUUUGACAUCAUAUCGUUUCAUUAUCAUUUGGGCAUGUGUUUUGAGAUAGCUUUACUUUUGAACUUGCAAAUUUAGAAUCCUAAGUAACUUGUUCUUGGAUCCAAGUAGUUUACGCAUUCAUUUUGGUGGUAUUGAAGUUACCUUGUGUUUUCUAAGAA